GUUUAAUGAAAGCUCACUGUCCACAAAAGAAAUUAGGAAUGUCAAAUAUUUCUCCUUUUAUCUUCAUAAUUACAAGGAAUUAAGCAUAAUGGAUGGAAUAGCAGCCAAGAGGGAGUUUUUAUGAUUCCAUGUACAGAAGUUUGUGUGAUGAUUGUGAUGUCAUGUGUUGCGAUGUAGGGGGGAUAACUGAGUGAGGAGACAGUGAUAAUAAAAAUAUGUCCACUACUACGUCGCUGACUCCCAGUAAAAAACGUAGUAAAGUGGUUCAUGUUGUUUUGUUGACUGGUGAAGAUUGUCUUAUUUAUGUUGAUGUUAAAUCCAAGUUUCAAGAAGUAUUUAAUCAAGUAGCCACUCACCUUAAUUUACGUGAAGUGGAAUAUUUCGGACUAGCUUUUAAGAAAGAAAAUGAGUUCCAGUUUGUAGCACUGGAUGAGAAAAUCCACAAGCAAUCACCAAAGAAAUGGAAGACUUGUCAAGGGGAGGGUUAUGACAGCCAAAAUAGACCCAUCUUAACAGUUUGGUUUCGAGUUCAUUUUUAUGUAGAUCAAGUUGUUUUACUCAGAGAGAAAGUCACUCGUCAUUUAUAUUAUCUUCAAUUGAAAGAAAAUGUUUUAAAUUAUAAUAAUUUAAACAGCGAAGAGAAAUGUUUUCAAAUGGUGGGUCAUGCCCUCCAGGCAGAUUAUGGAACAUUAACACCAGAACGUCACACAGAUAACUAUUUUGAUCCAAAACAAUAUUUUCCUUCUUGGAUCAUUGAAAAGAGAGGUGUAGAUUUCAUCAAACAGAAUACUCCACAAAUCCACAAAGAUAACCGAAAUCUCACCCGAUCGGAUGCAGAAUUAAAAUAUAUUAAAGAAGCAUCUGUUAUUCCAUCAGCGCAUAACUUACAUUUUUACCGCGUCAAGAAAAAGAAGACAGAUAAACUAUGGAAUACGUGGUUGGCCGUUUGUCCGCGAGGCAUUGAAAUAUACGAGGAAGUUGACGACAGGUUCAGAAAUCUUAUUUCCAUAUUUUUAUGGCCAGAUAUUGGACGACUAUAUUUUGAUAAAAAGAAGUUUGAGAUUCGUGCCGUUGGCUGUCCUGAUGGCCGUAAAUUUACAUAUUACACGGAUAGCGACGUCACAUCAAAAUAUUUACUGACAAUAUGUCGAGCAACACACAUAUUUCAGAUGGACAUUCAACCCAAGUUGAUGGAAAUAAGACAUUUAGAUGCAGAAGAUAAAAGACGAUAUAGGGAAUCCUAUAUAUACAGUGAUGCACGUGAUCUGGUUGCUAAUGGUAACUGGAUACAACAUCGUCCAGUCAAAUUAUCGCCCAGCAAGUCUGGAUCAUCCAGUGGUAAUCAAAGAUAUUCAGUUGUCAGUGACGUUAGCUCUAACACGACGUCAGGGAUUGUCAGUGAUAAGAUGACUAUCAGUUUCGACGACAGUGAUGCUGAUCAUAAUAAGGAGAUAUUGAUAGAUUCACCACCUGGAUCUGGUAGUUCAACAACACCAAGUACACCAAGAUCCAAGUUUGCUCACAUAAUUAACAGUUUUCAUAAUUAUAAGAAAUCUGCCUCCAGUAAUCCCAGUCCCGUUUUAUCACCUCAUUCUGUGGAACUAUAUAAACCCCGUUCCCCUGGUGUAACACAUCCACCACCACUAUCCCCCAUCAACACCCCUGGCAGCUAUCGUAGCAAGCUCCAACAAUCGGCGCCCAUGCCCAUAUAUCCAGCACGUAACACAGGUUUCGUUCUCCACUCUCCCCCGGCGCUGAUUAAGGCCGACGUGGAGAAGACGUCGCGCCCCGUUAGUAGAAAUGUCAGUCGUAAAGAAAGUUUGAAGAACCAGAUGAUUCUUCAGCCUCUGGACCCAAAAUCUGAUGCUUCACUAGUUUCAUCAUCCACUGAAUCAAAACCACUGAGUCUAGGCAUCACAGUUCUACCAAAUAAACCAGUGUGUCCUCCAGUUGUGUCAACAGCCCCAUCAUCAUUUAACCAGCCGUUACUUCCAGUGACGACACUGAAAACUCCCGAUACUACGCCAUCACCCAGCUCAACUUUGGCCUUGACCCCAGGUAGUGAUAAAGGUCAAUCUAUGUAUCACCUAGGUUACACGAACCAAACAUCGAAUCUACCACCUUGUAAUGAUCCGUCUCCUCCAGCGUAUAACUUGUCUUUUCCUAUCUCUGGCACUGGAAUAUCGCCGAAAGAACCCACUUCUGCUUUUCACAUGGGCUAUCCAAGUUCUAGUGUGGGAUUAACACCGACUGAACCAGCACAGUCCAUUUACACCACAGGUUAUCCUGCUGUUAAUAUGGAGUCUUCUCCACCACCUUAUCCAAAGAAUUUCCCAAGCUCCAGCUCAACACUGGUCCCGAAUGAACCAGCACCACCCAUGUACCACAUGGCCUAUGCUCUCGACCAUCAGAACCCCACGCCCGCUUACAUGAACUUACCCGACCCUCCUCCUUACAGUGCCGCAAUGUCUGUAGCAGCUUCAGAGAAGCAUCCAACUGCAGGAAUUCAACCAAUUCCAAUUAAAGAUGGAUUUAACUUGAUUCCUGUGGAUCCAAGUCCUCCGAAGUUCAGUCCCGGUAUUAUUCCUCUCUCAGUCUCAGAUCCCACAUACUUCCCGGUGAAUCAGGGGGACAGGAUAGAGGGUACGUUACAGGAGGCCACGGAAGUUUUUACGCCACCUCUGGCUUUCGCUGAUAACACAGUAGUGGCUGAAAUUCCUGCCAAUCGUGUACAAACCAUGCAGAGCUCGGUGGUACCCAAAUCAACAACAUCAGACGUAAAAUAUCUGGAUGUUACUGACUCAACACACGAAGAAGAUGCUCAAAUAGAGAAAAAGAAAGAAAAAGAUCCAGAAGGUGUCGUAAAAGGGAAGAAGAAACAUCAUAAAGUAAACGUUAAAAACCACAAAGAAAAAUUACACCCCGAGUUGGAGAAUAUACGUAGUCACGCAAUGUCAUUUCCGCUGAUUACUGCCUUAUGUAAUGAUACGUCCCUGAUGCACACGAACAGCGUCUCAUCGGGUGGAUCUUACGAUAUCUCCACCAUGAAGUCAUCCAAUUCUCAUCCGUCUGGAAGUUCUCUGGAUGCAGACUCGCGAAGAUGGUCGGCCUGUUGUCCUAGCGAUACUGGUACCAUGUUAACCAUGCCAACCAUACGACCAAAAAGCUGGCACAGCGAACAUUUUGAUCUUGACGCGGCACAGAGACAGGGUGGUCACGGGUUUCUGUUCGUGAAUAGUUUCGAGAAUCAUAGAAGUGUGCCGCAAAAUCUUUACGAAUGUCGACAGUCCUCACCCACUCCACAAAUAACGACUUGGACAAACCCAAUCGCCACAGGGGAUUAUAUGGGAUUGAUGGAGAAAUACCAACCUGAGUUUAUCUCCCAGCAGCACAUGAUUCCAGCCAAAUUAAAUAGCGGAGGACACAGUAUGACUGAUGAUGUCGGCAUGAACACUUUAAAAGAAACAUACGGAAUGGCGUGACAGAUAACUCGCAAUAACGAGAAACAAUACAUACUUCAAAACAACAUCAAAUCAAGAUCAGACUAUUUAUAAACACAGACAAUUUCAUUACAAAAGGAAACAUAAUGUACAAGAAAGUUGUCUCGCGACACCAACAAAUGAAGUGAAACUACAACACCUGAAAUACUGUGUUCGAAAAAAAAAAAAGCAUUACAAUGUCAAAAUACAAUAUGUCUGGAGAAAACAUAUUCGGUGCUAAUUUUAUUUUAAAAUUUGACGUGCGUAACUUGGACUUAAAAGAGAAUCAAAAUUCUUUAGAAAGCUAUAUUUUUUAAUUUGAUCAAAUCUGCAUCCAGCCGAUUCCAGCCGCGCAUCUUAAAUUAGAGAAACCUCUAUGAUUUAAGUCAAAAGGCAUUGGUUUGAUCUGUUCCGUCAUUUCGAUUAAUUGAUGAGCAACCUCUGGAAAAUUUAAUUUUUUCAAAGGACUAAUCGAUAGUCGGCUUGUUGACAAAUUUUAGUUUCGUUUUUGGCUUUCUGUGUGGACAGUGAAAUACAAAAUCAAUCAUAACACUGGCUUUAUCUAUAAUCGUAACAUUUUCUACGUAGACAGAUUGCCUUCCCAGAAAACAAAUCAACAUAUAAAUUUUGUGGGUCUCGAAUCAAAGCUGUCUAGUCAUCUUAUAGAUCGAUGGACUCGCCGUCUGAAUAUCAAAAAACCAUCAGAUGUCUUAGCCUCUCACAUAGUGCUUAGAUGUAUUAGAUAUUGUCAAAUGGAAAAAGCUCACUUGUGAUUGGUCGAUUUUUCUGUGUUUCUCUGUAUCUGUGCGUUUUCAUUCGUUGAUCUGCCAAAUGAACAAAAAUACGUUGUCCGUAUUUCGUUCAGAGUACAAUAAUCAUUAAUAUCAUGCAAUCGGCAAUUAAUUGACGAGUGUUUUCAUCUAAUUUAUAUUUUUAAAGAUGGAAAUAUUUUGUGAUUGAUGGCAAAUGCUUUGUGGUGUAAUUUCGUGGCACGCUGGUCAUGUUAGGAAAAAAUACUGAAUUUCGUUAUUGACAGUAAAAAAAACCCAAAGACAACAAGUGCUUUCUGGUGUGGUGUGUUAUAUAUACAUUGUACGUGAUCAAGAAUUGUUUCGAGUCGAGCAAUUUUUAAAAGGAAAAUAUUUUUUGUUGUCAUAAUCAUGCCUGUACAUUUAAAUAUCAGCAUAAAUGAGUGAUUUAUCUCCCCUUGAUGUGACAUACACGUACACGCUUUUAUAUAAAAAUCUUCACCGUGUUAACAGACUGUGACGUUUGAUAUUUCGUCGAAAAUUGUGCCGAAGGAAAUAUUUCUAAAGUGAUGUGAUUUUUAAUAAACAAAGAAAUCAUAUCAAUGUGAAGAAAUGUCUUUAAAGUGAUUUCGAUAUCAGACCAAAAAUACGUUGUGGACGUAAUGUUUUGUGUUUGAUAAAUGAAUUUUUUUAAUCUCUUGUUUUAAUGUACAUGUAAUAUUUAUAAUACGUAGAUCUUAGAACAAGACAAGGCCAAGAAAACCGAAAGAUGAAAACCGUGCAAUUUCCAGAGAACAAAAUCAAAGAUGUAGAAGAAAUAAUUUUUAAUAUUUUUUUUUAGAUGUUAACUUUUAGUCUCAGAUACCUAAAUGUAAAUGUAAAUGUAAAUGUUUGUAAUUUAAAUGUUAGCAAGAGGAUUAAAUUUUAUAUUAUGAAAAAUAAAACGCAAAAUAACUUCGACCUUUAAACCAAGAGGGAAACGUGAAGAGGUUGUUUUCAAAAAAAUUUACACAGUCUAUUCUUGAAUCUGGAUGGUAAUAACAUGUUUCCGACAUGCACUCUCUUAGAAUUGGGCUGGAUUUUGGCAAAGCCUUUGAUGUGUAAAGGACUCUGUGAAAGGUAUUGUUUAAGAAAUGUUUUUGACAAACAGAUGUUUUAAACGGCAAAUAUUUUGUUUUUGAAAAUGAUGUCUUCACAUUUCUUUCAUGGUGGCGUUCGGACAGUCAUUACGCUGUGGACUGGUGAAUAUUCUGGAUAAAAACAACUUCUUAAUUUUAAAAUGUUCCUCGUUUAAAUUUUAUCGUUAUUAGUUUUCACAAAAAAAAAUUUGAAUAUUUUCAAACAUUUUUUAACUUGAAACAUAUUUAAAAAAUAUUUUUACCCUUUAGCACCCAGUCUACCAGAAAACACUCAAAACAACUGCUCCCUCUAGUGCAUAAAUGUGCCCCGUCUCAUCAAACACUGUCUGUUGAGUGGUCUAGGGAGCGGUAAUUUCAAAAAUGAGCUACAAAACUUGAUGUAACAAUUACAAAAAUAUAUUACUGGCACUUUUCUGUAAUUUUUUUUCAGUAAACUGUGGUCGUCAAUAUUAACAUCAGUCUCGAGCUCCCAGAGAGAAGUUUACGGUUCGUUUCUCUCUCUGGGGAAUCGUGACGGCCAUACGUCAGCCAUUUUGAAUGUCACGUGGUAGUCAAUAUUCACAUGUACUUGGUUCUAAAGGGUUAGACUAUUUUCAAUUUAAGAAGUGUAUUUAAAAACUAUUUCUUUUUUUAGGUAAUAAUGGAAAUAUUUGUAGAAAA